GCGUAGGCGGGCAGGCGGGCGGGCGGGAGUCACACAGUCCCUCUGCCCGACCCGCGCGCGGGGGCUGGCGGGAUUCGUAGUGCUCGGGCGUGGACGCGUGCCUCUCUCUCCUUCGCUCCCUCCUGUCGGGGCUUGGCUUGGCUUGGCUUGGCUGAGCUCCGUGGCGAGGAUGGCCGUCAGCCGGUGCGUGCGGGCGGCGCGGAACUGCUUCCACCCGUUGCGUCCCUUCGGCCACCCCCAGCUUCACUACAACAGCACCGCAGCACAGCAGAGGAGCACAGGGGAUGACUGUGGCCCAGAAGACCCUCAUGAUGGACCAAGACAUCUCAACGAAAACGGCUUAGAUCACAAAGCCGUCAGAUUAGAAGAACAAGUCCGUGUCUUAACAGAACAGUAUCAGAAAGCCUUGACAGAUUCUGAAAACGUCCGGCGGAGGACACAGAAGUUUGUGGAAGAUGCUAAGAUUUUUGGCAUCCAGAGUUUUUGUAGAGACCUGGUAGAGGUAGCAGAUAUUCUGGACAAGACCACUGCAUGUGCUGUCGAGGAAAAUGAUGACCCAGCUUUGACUCUCAAGAAGAUCUCUGAAAACUUGUCUCUCAUAGAAUCUAAACUCCAAAGUAUAUUUGCUAAGCACGGCCUGCAAAAAAUGAAUCCUGUUGGUGGCAGAUACGAUCCCUAUGACCAUGAAAUAGUAUGUCACGUGCCAGCAGAGGAAUUGCAGCCCGGCACUGUGGCACUAGUGACUCUGGAUGGCUAUAAGCUUCACGGCCGCACUAUUAGACAUGCACAUGUAGGAGUGGCUGUAGAAUCACAUGAAUGAAUGAGGUGGACAUGCUGAUUAGUACCUGAAAUCUUAACGAACUGUUCUUGUUUUCUGUUCACAUGAUGAUUGCUGCUAUGGCUUGCCGUCCCCAUAUUUAUUAUGCCAAACCUAUGUUGUAUGCUGGCCUCUCAGGAUGGAUACAGUAACUUGAAGUUUGCUUUCAAGAUGUACCAUUAUUUAAUACCAGUUUUCCUGGUUUAUAAAUAUUUUUAUAGUUGGGUGAUUUGACCUUUUCUGUUGCCAUUCUCAGGUCUGCCUUAAAAUUCUUCAGUGUAUACAACUGGAAAACAAAUUCUGUAGCAACAGCAUGCAACUGGGCCUCCCUUCCCCCCUUGCAUGUAUCUUGCAUGCCUCCUAAAUUUGUUCCAGCAAUUCCCCCAGCCUUCGGGAGCAAAUUUGAGGGCUGCAGGGAGAUAUGGAACACAUUCUAUCAGUAUAAUAAACUCAACUCUUGCAGAAACCACCACAUUGAUUCUUCUUCAGCAGGGCUUGCCCUUCAUUGUAUUUGGUAGCUUCAGUAACUUUCUACCAGUCUUUAGAACAGCUGGUAAGGUAACCAGCAGCUAAAUUCCUGGAUUCCCAUCUACCCCAGUUUUAGGUUCCAUGCCAGAUUCGGACAUUAUACCAGACUACUUUGUAUCAUGCAGUAUUUAGGUUGUGGAGGUCAGUUUUAGGGACAUGUUACACGUUUUUGUUAGAAGGCCAGCAGUUUCAUAUUUGCAUUUCAAAAGAACUUUUAGGUGGAUACUGUAGAGUUGUUAAGAAGGUCUGUCGAUAUUUCCUCAGGCCUUCAGAAUGUUCUCCUGAAAUUGUUAGUUCAGAUGUUGUUAUCAGCCCUGUGUCGUCUAAAGUGAAGAUACAACACAAAUAAUUCAUUCAUCUUCUCUGUGGUCUCCUCAUCCUGCUUGAGCACACUACUUUGUCAUUCAAUAGGCCAAGUGACACCCAAGCUGGUUUUCUGCUUCCGGUAUGUGUGUGUAUAUACAUGUGGAAAGAAAGUUGAACAUUCUUUUAGCAAUAUCCUCCUCAUGUUCUCUUGCUGUCUGUACAAGCAUGCAUUUAUCUAUUUGCACAACAUUUGUGUGUCUUUUCAUUCUCCUAAUUUGAGCAAAUUUCUGUUUCCUGGGGCCAACUGCCUUGCCUGUUAGUAUCUUUGGAUGACCUACAAGAAUUCUGGAGUGGUCUUCCCCUGCCCAGCUUCUUCUCAACUUCCAUUUUAUCAAUCUUCUCACAAUUUUUUCCCAGAUGUUUUCUCAUUUUAAGGUAAUGAUUCUCUAUUGGACUUCUUCCCACUUGCCUAUAAACUGCAUUUGGCAUUCCUGCAGUUACUGUUUUCAGUCAACUCAGCAACACCUGUUCAUUUCCCAGGCACGACUUGAGUUGAAGUCCUUGGCUGAUUCCAUGACUCAAAUGUUCUAGGCCAUACUUGUUUAGAAUAUCUAUGUACAUAUACUCAUUUUAUGAUGACAAAGGCAUGCAUUUCUUCCAUUAUAUUUAAAGGCAAUUGAAACCAUGCAUCUUGUUUUGAUCUGGAUGCACCUCCCAUUUUGUUGUCCAUCCCAAAGUCACCUUCAGCAUUUUGGACUAGGACGGAAGCAAGUAAUAUGGCCCUUCCUCACUAAACAAUUUUUGGAAUACCGUGUUUUCUGUGAUGAUUUCCUUAGAAUGUUGGACUAGCUUCUUUAACCUCUUUUUCAUGUAAAGUGGGAAUAUACUUGCCUGUCACAGGGAUAUCAUAAUUACUGAAAAUUAGAAAAGCACAGGGGAAUAGAAAUGUCCUUGAAUGUGGGGUGGUAUUCUACAGUUUAGGGUAAAAGAACUUCUAAAACUCUUCAUUUGUCAACUCCUUUCAGAACUGGCAGUCCUCUUCACCCCGGUUGGCUAUCCCAAACUGCAACAUGGGCUGUAGAUGAGUUCUAUGAUCUUUUUAAAAAAAUCCUUUCAAGCAUAUGAUUAAAAUUGAGAGGAAGCUAAACUAGCAUGUCUUGCAUUAAAAAGCAUAUGCUGUUGAAGAAUCCUCUCAAGGAACAAGACUAGAAGAGGCAUCAGCUAGAGCUCUUAUUGCUGCCAGUUAAAAUGGCACUGAACAAGAUGACCAGUGGUCAACAAAUAUAAGGAAGCUUCCUUAAUUCUCUAUGCAGGUUUUGACACAUUAUCAAAAAAUCAGCUUUCACUGUAAUGUGCAAGCACCAUGUGAUAUGUUGCAGUUGGUGCUGGACCAAAAAUUGUCUUGGCCAUUGAAUAGGAAGAAGUAUUCUUUUGUGCUUUGUUGAGUUCUCAGGUAAUUGAUCCAUGAAUAGCAGUGUGGGAAAACCUUGAUUUGAAAGCUAUUGGAAUAAUUCAGCAUGAAAUCUGUACUUUGUGGGUUUUUUAAAUUUGGAUUUUUUUUAAAAAAACAGAUUGAAUAAUAUGAAUAAACAUGGGAAAGUCCUUGAGCUAAAUAUGUAAAGAGUGAUUUGGAAAACCCAGGUUGUUUAGAAUAUAACAAUGCCUUCACUCUGCACCAUAUUCUUGCAGGAUUUCUGUCUUCCAAAACAGGUGGUGUUUGUUCUGAAUAUUUUUUGAAUAAAAAAUAAUCAGCUAGAAAUUCAGAAAUGGUUUAUUUCUAAACUGAGCAGGGGAUUGAAUCUGGUGACCUUAUAGGCCCCUUCCAAUGCCACUAUUAUAUAAUUUCUUGCUGUUUUGAAAUCAGUAGAGAUCGGGGGUGGGGUAAUGACUGGUGUGUUUUAAGUGAAUAUGUGGUUGUAUACCUCUGCAAAGCUACACUAAUAGCCUUUGUAUUCUGUUGACUCAGCAGCAACUACCACCAUCCAUUGUUUAAUUUCUUCAGCACAAAACUGCAGCUUCAGUUCCACUCCCUGACUGAAUAUUUGACUUUGCAUUUAUUUAUUUUUGCAACCCUGUGAAAGUUUCCAUCACAAUAAAUACUACAAGAAUG